AUGUCGGUGAACACUUCAAGUACUCCUGAUGGACGUGGAGUAUUGAUAUACAACGGAGAAAUGAUUUUGCUUUAUACGCAGGAUGUAAGCUGUCGUUUCGAAAAUGAACCUGAUUAUAUUUUCAAAGGAAAUAAAUCCGGAGAUUUGUACUUGACGAGUCAUCGUGUAAUAUUUAUCAAUCGGAAAAAUGAUCCAUUGCAUUCAUUUUCAAUGCCAUUUCAUUGCAUGAAGGACGUGAAACUUGAACAGCCUGUUUUCGGAGCUAAUUAUCUCAAAGGCGUUGCCGUGGCACAGUCUGGUGGUAAUUGGUAUGGGCAGGUAACAUGGAAAUUAACAUUCAGCAAAGGAGGUUGUAUUGAUUUUGGACAGGCGUUGUUACAAGCUGCAGACAUGGCUCAAAGAUUCCGUCCUUAUGAUGCUCCUCCAGCUUAUGCUCCUCCUCCUGGAAACUAUUUUGCUGCACCACCAGCAUAUUAUUUACCACCAGGAGGGAAUUAUAAUGGCUUCCAGGCACCUACAAAUUCUUUUCCUGAUCAACCACCGGCUGGUGAUGUCUAUAUGUUCGAAGCCCCACCUCCAUAUUCAGGCAUCGGUCCAGAUCAUCCACCCGUACCUGCUGGGCAAUUACAGGCCUGUGGGCUUACUCCAACAGUAGCAAUGCAUUCAAUGUCCAUGUCCUUUGUUGCUAAUCAUGAAGAAACAGUUUCAAGUGAGGGAAAUUUCAUGACUAGUAAUCUUAUGUCUGAUUAUGAUCAGGGUUGUCAUACUCAUAUUAAUAAUUUGGAUAUCGAAACAAAUAAAAUGGACGAGGCAAGCAGUUAUCAUACAGAUUACUCAGGGUAUCAGACAUUGGGAAGUAAUUCAGCAGAUUUGAACACACCUGCUGAGUCGUUGUCUUCUUUUCCAACAUCUUAUCAGCAUUUGAAUCAGAAACAAGUUGUCUUUACAAAUACUGAUUUAUAUGCAGAUUUUUACUUUCGGACAGUUUUCCAGAUGUCACCAUGCACCACAGCUACAUCAGCUGGUCAGUUCGAACAUAUUACAGUUAUGACAAAUCUGCAGCAACUACCGGAUCCUUACUCUUGCAUCUCGCCAAAUUCAGUCCCCGACAGCGAUGUUUACUCGAUUCCUAAUUCGACAAAUGUCUCUGCCUUUCAAAUCUGCCCACCAUCAGCAAUAACACAGCAGGUGCAACAAUCAGUUCCAGCUCUAAAUUCAAUUCUUUCUGCGGAGAUGCAAAAUCGAUCAGAUUAUGGCAUGGAACGUUUACAAACGUCAUAUGCGAACAUCCGAACUAGAACAGCGUAUCCAUUGCCGAUGUGCGGACGGGAUCCUAAUCGGCAGACUUCAAAUGCUUUUGUCGUGAAUAAUGAUGGUCCAACUGUUCGACAACAUUUACAACAACAACACAGAGUUCGUGUGCAGCAGCAAUUAAGUUUGCAGGAAAAGGUGAAAAAUUAUUUUGUAGAUGACUUUAUACCUGAUUAUCCCAGUGUACCAUCAGUAUGUGUGGAUAAACUGGCACCUGUAUCAACUGCUGUAAAUUUGGUAGUCUCAAGUGCAGCAAACUUGUUUAUGCCAGUGAAUAUAUCCUCACCGCAGUCAAUGAAUACACAUGUAUCAUACUCGAUGAAUAUGCCUGUUUCGCAAAUAAUGAAUAUGACUUCAUCGAAAUUGGUGAAUAGACCUUCAUCACAAUCUGCGGAUGUACUUUCACAUCGAUCUAUGAAUAUAUCUCUCCCGCAGAAUACAAAUAUGCCAGCUUCGCAUCUUAUAAACACAUCAGAAUCACAGUCCUUGAAUAUGCUUGCAUCACAGUCAAUGAGUAUGCCUAGUUUUCAUUCUAAAAAUAUACCUCCACUACAGUCGAUAAAUGCACAUGCCUCGCAGUCCUUGAAUACAUCUACGUCGCAGUCGAUGAGUAUAUCAUCACCAGCUCCUCCGUCUUCAGGAAUGAAUAAUCCGAUUGUUCUGCAGACUCCACGACAUCAAUACAUACCUCACUCAGCUCCUGAAAAACCAGGAGUGAUGAUGGAUCGCGCUCGGCGGAUGCAAAUGUAUGACAGUCAUGUAGAAGAAUUAGCAUUGUCGUAUGAAGCACAAAAGCGGCGAUCUGCUGAGCUUCACGAGGAAGCUAUUCAACGUGCAGCUGCUGUGUAUAAUCAGAUCAAAUCUAUGAAUUAUUCUUCUGUUAGCACCAGUGACAUUCAGGUUUUUAUGAUCAGAAAGCUUAUAACUUUUGUUGCGGAAAGUUUUUUUUGGCAUCUUUUCAAAAAUUUUCCACACCUUCAUCAGUACACAGCAGUGUGGUUGAAGAGUCCAGUUAUUACUCUUUAUGUGACUAGCAAACGAAUAUUGCCAGCUUCCCAAGUCCGUGUUACUGUACUUGGAAAGCAAUCAGAACCUGCCGCUCAGCAGAUUAUAACAGAAAGUGAUCAGGUUUUUCCAAUUCAUGGAAUAGCUUGUAUUUCACAGCAGCCUCGUACUGAUGCAGCAACCGGAGCAUCUAGAAAGGACAGUUCCAUUGAAGAUGAAAAAAUUAAAUCGCCAUGGCAUUUAAAUCGAUCCGCGAGAAGUGGACAACAGAUCUCUGAGUCACUACGGAAUGCAGUAGAAAAAACUGGGGAUGAUGUAGCUUUCUGCUCAUCGGAAGAUGAGUAUUCUCGAAAAUUAUAUUUUAUGAAGCGACUAGUGAAAUCACUUGUUGUUUUUAGAGUUUUGGCAAAGCGACUACAGCACCACGAACGUAAUCGAAUUCGAAGGAUCCAAACGAAGUUAAAAAAGCAAGCCGCAGCCAAGGCUGCAAAAACAAAUGAAUCGCAGUCAACACAGGCAUCAGUAACAACGGAAGUGGAACUAGAAGUAUCGCAAGUUGCAGAUAUCGAUAAUUAUGAGAGUGAUUAUUCUGACAAGACAGUCUUUUCUAGUGGUGCUGCUUCUCCAAACACUAGUGCAUCAAUGUCGCGUGUUGAAACACCAGAACCAGCUUCACGCAAUCAGGAUUUUAUGUUGAAAUUUCUACCAGAUCGAAGCGUUGUUCAAGAAAGCGGAAAAUGGAAGAUGAGAAGUGGCAUUCGACGUCAGAUUUUACCUAAACGUACUCUCACGGAUCGCAAAGAUAAAAAGUUGUCUUCCAGCUAA